CAACCAUCUUCAUCAUUAAAACGUAAUGUGUCAAUAUCAAAAGAUGGUAAAGUUAUUUACACCGAAACUAAACCAUUAGGUAAAGUGGGUGGAUUAGAAUUUGUAGCAGUGGAGAAAGCUGAUCCAAGAAGUAUUCCCUCAUAUUAUUUUAUGAAUGACAAUCCAGUUAAUAAUGAUGACAACGAAUAUCCAUUGCCUAAUAAUAAUGUUGUUAAUAAUGGUAAUUAUAUUGGAUCAUCAUCAUCUGGUGAUGAAAAUCGAGUUAUUAAAAAAUCCAGUGAUAAUGAAGAGCCGGAACCAAGAAAAUCUACACAACAGGAACGCAU